AGGGACGCUGCAUCACACUUGCUGGACGUAGUCAUAGUGAGAACAAAUCUCUCAGCUCACUGCAGUACAAAAGGUAUAAGGAAAAAUAAGACGGUGGGGCAACACUAUUUCUCGUUCAGAAGUGACAGAAAUAGAAGAAGGAUGAAGGUAGAGAAGUCAGUGAUGCGACACCAGCCUGAUGACUGGCACCGGAACAACUCUUCCCUCCGUCAGGCCAGUGAAGACACCUGCACCACCUCUCACAACCUCCGUCAUCAGUCACAUCACCUCCGAGACCAGAUGCGGAAUAAGACAUGGUGGGACCAGGAUGACAAUACAACUCGCCUUCAAGACCGUAUCUACGAGCUACAGCGAGUCACUAAUGACCUGCAACGAUCCCUCGAGCAGGUCUCCGGGGAGAUCAGGAAGCUGGAGGUAGCCAAGGAAACGACGGAAGCAGAGACGGAGGCGCGGAUUGCUCCCCUCAAUACGGCCAUGGAGUGUCUCACACUGAGGGAGAGGCGCAGGGAGGCAGAUCUUGUGCAUGAUCAACCGGAGAUAGAACUGCACCAGGAGGUGAAGGUGCUGGAGAGGUCCCGAGCACAACUGGAGAAGGUACUGCUUGAAGCUGUCUCUCAUCUAAGGGUUCUUCACGACGCCAAGCAACGACUCCAAGACGAUCUCAAGGACAAGCGGGCAGCUCUGGAGGUAGACAAGAGGCAGGAAGCACUCACCGAGCACUCAUCACAGAUAUCCUUCAAGCCGGAUCCCCUCAGAGUACCCCAAGGAACCAUCCUGCCAGCUGACUGGUUGGACCACUCGCUGAAGAACAUGGCGGCCACAGAGGCUGCCAUCUGUGACUCCCAGAUGCUACGAGACAAAAUGUGUAUCACUAUACAGACAGCAGGGCGGGAGGAUGAAGCCCAGCAGACAGCUACUGACUAUGCCCUCCGUCGCCGCCUACACCAGGAGACUCGAGCCAGGGAUGAACUACAGUGGCAGAAGGAGCGCCUCCUGGAGGAGAUACGUGCUCAUGAGAAAGAAAUUUCAGACCUGGAGGAGCAGCUUCGUGCCUCGUCACUGCCGCUGAAGGUGGCACAAACAAGGCUAGAGGGUAGGACUGAGCGGGUUCGUCAUGACCUGGUGAGGGACGCCCCGCAGGAUGGUCUCACAGCCCAGGUCCAGCAUCUCACCCGUACCCGCACCUUCCUGCGUCAGACACUGGCCAAGGCAUUGGACGCAUUGCAUGCUCUACAGCGCCACCUGCGCACAGUGGAUGUGGACUUGGGUCGGAAGAAUCUCUCUGUGAGCCUGGAGAAAAAGGUGCAAGACUCCCGUGAGGCACUCAAGACUCACUCACCUCCAGAAACUUUGACACAUGCUAAUCUCACACUUACUGGUUCCCUAAGGGUGCACCCGACACAAAUUCUCUAAGAGCUUUAGUAUAUUUUAAGGGUUAAUUAAAGCUUAUCUCCUCUUCUGCAGCUGUAGUUUAGCAACGAAUAUUCGAAUUGCAUAUACAUGUACAUGUAUAUAGAUGAAACUGGUGACCCAGUAUAUGAACUCUGCUUCAUGUGUUCUAUAGGCUCUGCACUUCAGGUAUUCUUUAUUGACGCGAAAAAGCUUAUAAACCAAGUGCAGCGUUGCUAUUUUAUAAAUAUAAAUUUUCCAUAUUGCAUUUAAGUGUAUUAUUUGUUCCAAUUUGUCUGUCUUCACAUACCAUUCCUGUUAUAUCAUAGAUGACAAUAAUACUCUUCCAUAUAGCUUAAGGUCGAGGACACUUAAAACCUUAAAAGUAUCUCAAAAUUGAAAAUGGCAAUAGCAUUUCCUCACUUUCAAAAAAGUCCUUAUUUCAGUGACAGUUAUAGUGGAAACCUUUGCUGAAGUGAUCAGGGAUAGGUACAUUAAGCUUGGAUGGUUAUCAGUGAUGUGAUAAUCUCUGACUUGGGCAGGAGAUUGUAAUUUUGCUGGUUAGUUUUGUUCCAAUAACUGGAAAGAAGGCAUUUAAUUUAUUUGCUGUAGGUGGUCCAAUAUGUUAGUUUGUUAAAAAAAAAAAAGUGUCUACAGAAAUGGUGGGGACUCAGUGAGGUCAAAGUGAAUGUUGGUGGGACAGGGACAUCGGAAAUGAAUCAUGUGUUGUUCUCUGAUAGGAAAAUCGGUUAAGAUAUAUUAUUACAAUCAAAAAGAAGUGCUAAACCCACAAGGAUCAUGCAGCACUACAGGGCAGUAGUAUUUGCUAUAAAUAAAAUAUGCAAAGAUCAGAGACCAUUGAGGGUUAGGAGCAUUUAUGAGGUAAAGUCUGUAAAGGUAGUGAGGAGUGCUAAAGUGAAAAUAUAAUCCAAGUUGGUGUAAUAAAGCAGUCGCUGACAAAUACAGUGGACCCCCGCUUAACGAUCACCUCCAAAUGCGACCAAUUAUGUAAGUGUAUUUAUGUAAGUGCGUUUGUACGUGUAUGUUUGGGGGUCUGAAAUGGACUAAUCUACUUCACAAUAUUCCUUAUGGGAAAAAAUUCGGUCAGUACUGGCAGCUGAACAUACUACUGGAAUGAAAAAAGUUCGUUAACCGGGGGUCCACUGUAAUCAAAGAGGGGGUCUGUGUCAAAGAUGGGGCAGGACGUAUUAAGAGAUAGUGUACUGACAGUGCGAGGCGAGUCCUCUCAGUGCAGUGCAAGAAUCUUUUAAGACUACUACUGUUUGCUGAUUGAUAAAUUUUCUUGUACUAUGCUGGUGUCCUCUGAUGUGCUGCUUGCUCGACCAAAGCUGUCGAUGACCUAGCAGAAGCGCUAUGCACAUAAAAGGCCCGAUCUAGAACACUACUGGAACAGGUCACAUAUCCCCUGACAGCUUAUAAAUUUAAGAUGAUUUUUUAGCAAAGUCCUAUCUCACAGUAUUAACAAAUCAAACAUCUGCUAACUAGUUUUAUUAUGUGACCUCUAGGCUCUUAAUUCUGCCAAUCCAUAAAAUCAUCUUAUUUCUCAAUAUUAACCAAAUCUGCCAAAACAUCUGCUAAGUAGUCUUGUCAUGUGACCUGGCUUUUAAUUCUGCCAUUCCAUAAAAUAUUACCACCUGCAUCAUUACUUGUAAGGUAGAUUUUGUGUGCAAUUUCAAGCUUAUUUUACCGAACCCUAUGCUGUAUAGCCCUUGUGGCUUAGCGCUUCUUUUUGAUUAUAAUAAUAAAUACCGAACCCUACUCACUUGUACUAAGUUUAAAUAAUAUUGUAUUAAAUUUAAAUAAGAUUGUAAAACAGCUAACCACUAUUACUUGUCUAGUU